GAGCUGGGAAAUAUUUGUUACCCUUUUCCAAAUUUUUCUCAGUAUUUGUGUAUGCUGUAAGAAAUAGAUUGGGGUAUUGUCAUCAUAUAGUAUAUGAGAUGUUUACCUUUUUAAGAUUUUUGAGUAGCCAUAUAACGAAGUUUCGGCUAAAUAUAUCUCCAAAAUCUAAUAUAUUUCUUACCGGUAUAGCGUUGGUCAGAGGUCGAAACUUUACAAAUUUGAGCAGAGCAACGAUGUUGCAGAGCCCUAAAAUAGCAAGCCAGUCUAGGUGUAUGGCCUCAGUUAUAAUAGUAAAACACGAUCAUAAGAAGUUUUUCAUUGAGGUGGAUGGUUUGAUUGCCUUUUUGAAGUAUGAUAAUAACAACGGAGUUAUGCAUAUAACCCAUACAAGAGUACCUACAAAAUUAAAUGGACAUGGGAUUGGGAAGAUAUUGUCUAAGGCAGCAUUGGAGUAUGCGAUACAACAUGAUCUGCUAAUAAGAAUUUCGUGUCCUUUCGUGCAACAUUACGUCAACAAAUACGAACCUAAAUUUCAUAAAUAUAUUUUGUAAUUUCUCACUCUAAAUAAACCUGAACCAGAGCAUCAAUAUGGAUUCGAAUGACUUUAAGAG